AAAGGUAUCGUUGUUGGUGCUUACGUCGAUGAAAAGGGCGAAAAUAUCAAACUUACAAAUUCUGCUGAAAAGGUCAAUCAAGAUAGCAAUAAUGUUAUCAUGAAAGCAUUGAAAAUUUUUCAAUGAGAUAAAAUGUGUUAAAAGUAUAAAAAAAAAUUAUAUAUAUUAUAUAUACACAUGUAUGUAUAAAACAUGUCAGACAAAAUCGAAGAACUAAAGUCCAGUAUACCUCAAGUAAAACGUCAACAUCUGGCUUCAAAUAUUACAAAUGAGCUAUUAUCGACAAAUAAAAUUGCCACUGAUUAUUCUUGCCCAAUUUGUUAUGAACCAGUCGAAGAAGCACAUAUUACAAAAUGUGGACAUUCCUUUUGCUACCGUUGUAUUGCUACGUCUCUGGAAAUUAAAACAUCUUGUCCAAAGUGUGGCAGUAACCUUGCUGGAGGAAUUCGAGAUGUAUUUCCAAACUUUGCGCUUAAUAAAAUAGUUACCCAUUUUAAAUUACAAAUUCCCCCCCAAAAAAUGGAUUCUAAUAAAACUGGUCUUCGAAGUUUUGUCACCGCAGAAUCUAAGAAACUAACACUUACUGAUGUUGAUGCUAUGUUAGAGCUUUUAACACGGCGUAAACGUAAACUAGAAGCUGAAUCAGCUCUAGCACAAAAUAGAUUGCUGCAUGAAUUCUUAGAAAGAUUACUCAAUGAAAAAGAAGCCCAAAUGCAACGGAUUGGACGUCAGGUAGAAAUUGUAAAAAGAGAUGUCGCUGUUGUCGAAAAAAUAUUAAAAGAUUGGGAAGCCAAGAGACCUUUAUCAUCAGACUCUGAGGAUAAAAUUUGUGACAAAAAUGGCUCUCCUCCGAGUGUGGCCUGCGCCAGUAGUAGUACUAAUUAUAGUGGCUGUGGUAAUAUCCAGCGUCGUCGAAUGUGCACGCAUUUUGAAGAUUUUGUUGAAUGUUAUUUUGCUCUGAGAGCAAAAGAACUAGUAUUUGGUCCAACAAUGGCAGACCCAGAAGAUGAUAAUAUUGGAGAUAAAUGUUCAGAUACUAGCUUGGACGCAUUUCGUGAAAACUUAGUCAAAUUUUCUCGUUACAACUCAUUAAGGCCUGUCGCUACAUUAAAUUAUGGUACUGACAUGUUUAAUAACUCAACAAUAGUAUCAAGUAUUGAAUUUGACAAAGACGACGAAUAUUUUGCUAUAGCAGGCGUCACCAAACGUAUUAAGGUGUUUGAUUACGAAAGUGUCGUACGUGAUACUGUUGAUAUUCAUUAUCCUUGCGUAGAGAUGGUGUCCGCAUCAAAAAUAUCUUGCAUUAGUUGGAAUUCGUAUAGAAAAAAUACUAUUGCAAGUAGUGAUUAUGAAGGCGCUGUGUCUGUAUGGGAUGCAGGUACCGGCCAACGUACGAGAGUCUUUAGGGAACACGAAAAACGCUGUUGGAGUGUUGACUUUAACAAAGCAGACGCUGGACUCAUGGCUUCUGGAUCAGAUGAUGCACGAGUCAAAUUGUGGACACUCAACCAAGAUCGUUCUGUAGCUUGUCUUGAAGCAAAAGCAAAUGUUUGCUGUGUAAAGUUUAAUCCAGAAAGCUCUUCGCAUUUAGCAUUUGGUUCUGCCGACCAUUGCGUCCAUUAUUACGAUUUACGGCAUGCAAAACGUGCAUUGGCCAUAUUCAAAGGCCACAAAAAAGCUGUAUCAUAUGUCAAGUUCCUAAAUAGUAAAGAGAUGGUUUCUGCUUCGACUGAUAGUCAAUUAAAACUUUGGAACGUUGACGAUGCUGCAGAGGGUUGCCUCCGAUCGUUUGUAGGUCAUACUAAUGAGAAAAACUUUGUUGGUUUAGCCACAGAUGGCGACUACAUUGCAUGUGGCUCCGAAAAUAACUCACUAUAUGUGUACUAUAAAGGAUUGCAAAAGAGACUGUUUACAUUUAAGUUUGAACCAACUACAUCAAUAUUAUCAAAUGCAGCCGAAGAAGAAAAAGAGAGACGUAAAGACGAUGAUGUAAAUGAAUUUGUUUCAGCUGUGUGCUGGCGACAAACUUCCAACAUAAUUAUGGCUGCUAAUAGUCAAGGAAUCAUUAAAGUACUUGAACUUAUAUAACAAAAAAAAUGUUGUAUGUAUUAUUAUAUUUGUAAAUAUUCAUUAUAAGUUAAAUUUUUUUAUUAUUGCUAUUAUCUUGUAGUUAAAAAAAUGUAAUUUCCUCUGUAUGCAAUAUGUCCUGGAAUGGUGUGAUAUUUGUGUUAAUUAUUUUUACACUAGUGACUAAUAGUGUGUAUUGUAAUGUUAUUGUGUUGUAUUUUUUUUUUAUAUAUAUGUAUGUAUACAUAUAUUUAUAAUUAGCUAAAAAUUAAAUCAUGUUACAAAUAUUGUGUGCUUCCAAACUACUGAAAAUGUUUACUAUGUCCUAUUUAUAGUAUUUUUUUUAUUAUAACCGUUAGUAAUUUUAAAAAGUUUUAAAUUUUAUAAUUGUUUAAAAAAUAAACACCCAGUUACAAAGGAAUAAAAAAUAAAGCAAAUAAUUGGAAAUAAUUUUUUUUUAUUAACUUGCAAUUUGUUUAUUUUCUUUUCUCGUCUCUUUGUCCUUAACCAAAAUGUUCAUUUUAUAUUAGUGAUGAGAUGUGUGAGUUUAAUUUAAAGUGAAAUACCAACU